GGGCAACGGCGGGAGGCGGUUGCCUAGCAACGGCGCGGCGCGGCGGCCGUUGGUGUUGUGAGGUAGCGCCGAUAUCCCCGGGCGGGCCAGUCCCGGCGGGCACCGAGGUCUCUCAGGACAGGGGAGUUGAUGUGGGAGCAGGCUGUGUGGUGGAAACAAAGGGAAGAAACUUGGGGAAAGAAGCAGCACUGAGGAGCAACUGAUUUAAUGAGAGGCAAAUACUACACAGCUUCAGUAACUUGAAAGAAGAAGACCUGUGGGCAAGCAAUCCAAAAUAAUGGUGAGUCAGGAAAUGCCAAGUGCAUCGAGAUGUCUCGAAGAACUGCAUUCAUCAGAUGAACUCAGCACAUCCUCUAAAGAAGUACUUAAGCCCAGUAACAUGAAAAUGUCAGAAGUUUCUGCAGCCACGUCUAAAGCUGACAUCAAGCCAAAAUCUAUAUGUCAUGCCAAAAAAUGGUCAGAUGAGGUAGAGAACUUAUACAGAUUCCAGCAAGCUGGGUACAGAGAUGAAGUUGAAUAUAAACAAGUAAAACAAGUUGAUACGGUAGAGUGUUGGCCAGAAACUGGAUUUGUGAAGAAGCUUCAGAGAAAGGACAACACCUUCUAUUAUUACAAUAAGCAAAGAGAAUGUGAAGACAAAGAUGUUCAUAAAGUGAAAGUUUAUGUAUAUUAAUUUUGCUACUUUCCAAAGUUUGUACAUUUUUAAAUAAAUCUUUUUGCUAGUUAGGAUCUGUAAGUAAAUGAGAUUUGUGGAAUCCAGCAUUUAAAGUGUAAAUGUCAUUCUUGGGUAGAAUGAGGACUACAGAACAUAUUCCAGAUAAUUUGAUAUCAAAAAGAUAAAAAGCUGCAAAGGGACUUUGUGUAUUUGGUGUGACUGUGCAAAGUCCCUUAUAAGUAGACUCAUUAAUCUUUACUCUGAACAACAAUCUUGUUGAUACCAGCUCAUGUCAGCUGCAGUCUCUUGGUGUAUUUAAGGGCUACGAGGCUCCCAGUAAGUCCAAAAGGCUGAUUGUAGUGCCCUUGGAGAGCAGCUGCAAUAACCAGCAGAAAACUUUAUUGUUUUAGUUUACUGUUUAUUUAGUUAUUUAGUUGUGUCAGAUCUAUUCCCCAGUAUGUUUGCUUAGCGUUUCCCUUUCUGCCCAUAGCAGCCCAGUUUAGGAGUCCUUCAUCAAAUGGCUCUACUCAAAUGAACUUUCUCACACUCUGUGUUUCCUUAUCAAUCACUGACACGAAGCAGGUCUGUUCCUUUGGAUUGUUUCCUCAUUUGGAAGUCCUCGAUCAGAUAACCCUGCUGGAAUAAACAUUCCCACAUGCCACUUCUUAUAAAUGAGGGCAACCCACCAGGUUUAUUUCUGGUCACUGUCUUUGUUAACACCAUCGGGUCGGGAUCUCUGUAAGUGCUUAUUCUUUUUGUUUGCCUCAUUAUCCUAAUUUUGUGAGGCCCUUAGCCAAUUUUGCAUCAACAAAUAAACUGUCUCACACACCACGUAUCCUUACAGCAUUCAUUGAUGUGGAAGGUUAUGCUGUUUUAUGGAGGAAAAGAAAAAAAAGAUUGUGGAUUUACAUACAGUGGGAUCAGGGAGUACAAAACUGCA